AUGGGUCAAGUCGGACGGACCCCCAGAGUAAAGACCUUGAUCAAGGCAGUCUCUGAGGCUCCCGCUUUGGCACCCGAGGAGCAGCAACGCCUGAAUGCAUUGACCUACAAUGAUGUACAUGUGAACUUUACUCGAGAAGAGUGGGAGUUGCUAGAUUCUUCCCAGAAGAACCUUUACAAAGAUGUGAUGCUGGAGAUUUACAAGAACCUCACUGCUAUAGGCUACAAUUGGGAAGAUCAUAAUACUGAACAGAAUUGUCAAAGUUCUAAAAAUCAUGGAAGACAUAAAAGAACACAUGAUGGAGAAAAACCUUAUGAAUGUAACCAAUGCGGUAAAGCUUUUGCAUCUAACAGUGAUCUCCUAAAACAUAAAAGAACACAUAUUAAAGAGAAUUCUUAUGAAUGUAAGCAAUGUGGUAAAGCCUUUGCAUAUAAUAGUCAUAUGCUAAUACAUAAAAGAAUACACACUGGAGAGAAACCUUAUGAAUGUAACCAAUGCGGUAAAGCUUUUGCACGAAAAGGUCAUCUUGUAGUACAUAAAAGAACACACACUGGAGAGAAGCCUUAUGAAUGUAACCAAUGUGGCAAAGCCUUUGCAUAUAACAGUGUUCUCCUAAGACAUAAAAGAACACAUACUGAAGAGAAAUCUUAUGCAUUCAACCAGUGUGUUAAAGCCUUUGCAUGACAGAAUAGUCUUCAAACACAUGAAAGAACACACACUGGAGAGAAACCUAAUGAAUAUACACAAUAUGGUAAAUCCUAUGCAUUUCACAAUAGUCUCCAAAAACAAAGAAGAACACACUGGA